GACUGUCGUCGGACAGGCCUCGUCAACGGAGCGAAAGCUUGCCGUGCACGCGUCGUCGUUACGGAAAAUGACGUUCAUCGGCCCACGCGACUACUCGGUGUAUUGUCCGCGGUCCAAGCACGUCCGCGUUUGACGUGUUAUGUGAAUCUCCUGCACUUGGGACACGGCUGUUCGUGCUAGCAUGAGUAUUUCUCAGGAAAGCGCAGCCACAAUCGUGUGCAAGGAGAUCUUCGACGGCACCUCGCAUCCGUCAGACGAAGAGGUGCUCGAAUAUGCGAGGCGCUUGGGAAUCGAUCCGGAAACAGAACCACACCUCCUGAAUUUGGCUCGGGAGGGCCUGAUGGCGGCCCUCCCGAAGGGAUGGUUACCAUGCUUCCAUGAAACCAGCGGCGCUUGGUACUACUAUCAGGCUUCCACUGGAAUCACCACCUGGCAACAUCCUCUGGACGCAGUCUAUAAGGAGAUGGUCGAGCAGGCCAGGGCUGGCAAUGCUAAACCUGAUAACACCAGGCAAAUCAGCGUUGAAGAGGACUCGAAAACAACAGCGAAGGAUUUCGAGUCUCACGAGGAAGCAACUCUGCCCAAGGAAUCAUCUCCGUCGAAGGAAUCUGUAAAACAAUCUGUCAAAACCAUUCCCCCACCUACCAGGAUCCCUACCAAGUUGACACCUCUGAAAAAAUUGGAUAAAAUUGAUGGUGCAAGGAAGAAGGAUACCAUGGGCCAAGACAAACAACUGUAUAGACGAGAAGACUCGAAAAUAGAUAAUCCUCUGGCAACUAACAGAGCCGCCAGGGAUUACACCAACCUCAAAUUUCAAGAUCCGAGGUUCUACGAGUGCCCUAAGCUUCUAGAAACAAUCGCAUCGACCGCAACCACCAGUACGACCGCAGUUACUACGCCAAAGCAGGAGAUAGAUUUAAAAGAAGUACUAAAGAGAUCGGAAUCUCUUAGUCCGAGGCACGAGAAAGACUGGGAACAGUUGUCCAGCAGAUUUAGUUCCGAAGAGAACAUUAUAGAUAUCGAUAAACUCAGUAUCACCACGCUGGCCAGAUCGGAGAAGUCUGAAAAGUUUGAUAAGGAGAAGCACCCGAGUCAGUUUGGUCAACAAAAGGAACUCACUCUAAGUGGCGGAGGGACUAUGUUUCUGAAGAGUAACAGAAGCAGGGACACCACACCCAGUCACGAAGGCGCUAAACUCGAUGAUUUCAGGACCAUGCAGAUCCCAGACGAGAGCAGCAACGUCGGUGGAGACAAGUUGAAAUCGAUUCUCAGAGAAAAACAAUCCGAGGAUGACGACAGACCAGUGGAUGAAGAGCGGAAAAGCGUACGCUUCGAUAUAGAAAAGGAAUUGGACAUCAGGUUCACCUAUUCCAGAUCCGAAGACGAUUCGGAGUCCGAGUCCGAGGAACAGGAGGCUCAGAUGUGCGCGAUGUUUUCUAACCGAGAUACCGAUUGGAUUCCUUCGUCGCAAAAGACAAAUUGUCAAAGAUUUAACGAGGAAGCCAAAGAGAAUUCCGAAAACAAAAUCGAUGACGGUAUCAGGAAGAGUUCGUCGUUAGAGAAAAUCGAAGGAUCGAAGAAAAAUGGAAAAGUCGUGGGCAAGAGGUUCGUAGUUCGGAACGUUUCCGAGAACGAGCAUCGCAAAAAAUUUGUCCCGCAGAACGUUUCCGACAAAGAGCACCGUAUGCAAAUGACGAGGGAUAGUUUAUCCGGAGAAAGUUUAUCGAGGGAGAGCAGCCUGGAUUACACGUACACCAAUAAAUUUAACAAAAUCAGAAACAUCGAUCUGGUCUCGAAAAGCGAGACCACCGAUUACAGCGACUCCGAAGCGCGCCGAAAGUACAAAUCGAAGGUGGAUUUCUUACGAAACGAACAGACCGACGACGAUGAUACCUCGGACGUUCCUAGAGUCUAUCGCGAACUCGAUCUCGUAGAGAAGCAACGCAACGAGGUUGCUGGGAAACAGGAACAAGGCAGAAACUCGAAAAGCGAAACCGAUUACAGUGACAUAGACGCGCGCCGAAAGAACAAAUCAAAAGUAGAUUUCUCGCGAAACGAGCAGACCGAUGACGAUGAUACCUCAGACUUUCCUAAGUUUUAUCGCGAUGCUGGGGGAAAACAGGAGCAGGAGAAGAAUCUGGAGGAAACGAAAAUAAGGUUGAGUCAAGAACACGAAAAGGACAUCGAAGCCUUGCGAAAAGAGUACAAAGAUAAAUUAGAGCAAACGAAGAAAGAGUUGGAGGAAAAUUUCGUGGAGCAGAAAAAGCAGCUAGAGAAAAACAUGAACGACAAGUUAGAAGAAUCGAGGCGGAAGAUGGUUGAAAAGGAGGAACGGGAGAUUCAAAAAUUAAUUGCUGAAAUGGACGAGGCUAAACUGGAGAACUUGAGGAAGGUAAAGGCCGAAUUGGAAGUCUGCUACGAAAAGGAGAGACAGGAAAUUUUGGCGAAUCUGAAGACAGAACUCGACGAGAGAAAGGGUGAGCUGCUGGAACUACGGAACCAAGAAAUAGGAAAGUUGGAGAACGAACACGAACGUGAUCUAGACGAGGAGAAACUCGCGAAACUUAACGAGAUCAAACUGACGAAACAACACUCUGCGAGAAUUAAAGCCAUGAAGACGGAAUUGGACCAGAAAUUUGACGAAUUACGCUCUCAGGUACGGGAGCAGCAGAGGGAGAAUAUUUCGAAAAUCACGGAGGAGCACGAGCAACGUCUGGUUGAAAUUGUACGCGAUUUUAGAAUCAACGAGGAUCGCACUCGCAAGAUGUAUAAGCAACAUUUGGAGGAGAUUCGUGCCGAUUUUUCACGCGAAGUAGAAAAAGAAGCGAGGAAACAGACAGGAAGAGCUAUUCACCAAGAGAGCAUCGAAUUCGAGAAAAUGCGUUGCGAAAAGCGACUGCUUCAAGACAAAUAUAUGGCGUUGAAGGAGAAAUAUAUGAAAUUAAAGAACGAGGUUCGUUCGGCUAUCGAGAGGAGGAGCAGAAGGAAGGAGGGGUACACCACGGCUUCUGAAACCGAAAGGUCAACGUCAACGAGAACGAGAACCGACAUAACCGAGUCAUCGGAACAAAAUACUCCACUACGAAACACGCACUCGAGCUCGGCGACGACGAACACUAAAGCGCACGAGACUCAGACGACCAUGAACGAGCAGUCGGAAGAAUUACACGAUCCGAACGAACCGAACGUUCAGAAGGCGAACUCGGGGUUUCAGAAGAGCACAGCUACGUCGAACGCGAAGAACGUGAGAUUCCAACCUGACGACACGAGCAUCGCCAGCGAGACGAACGCGAACACGACCACCAUGAAGAAGAACAUCAGCAAGAAAGUAACCAGCACCGCGAAGCCCACCGCUACCACCGGAAACAACAAUAAUAACAAUAAUAAUAACCUCGAGAAUCCUGUCGAGAACAUCAGGAAACAAUUGGAAAAGCUCGAGGAUCUCGGUGAUCAAUUGCCAAGCAACGAAACGGCCUAUACAUUGCGAUAUCCUUUCCAAGACAAAGCGCCGGCGAAUGCCUCUUCGGAGCUGGAGUUCUUUCGGCACCGAAUUCACGUCGAAAGGGAUUCAGUGAAGAGAGCACGGGAGGCGCUUCAAGUCCAGGAGAACGUACUCCAGAGACUGCAGAGGGCUUGGAAGCAACGUAGCGUCCGAGCAACCUUCGAACAAUUAGUUCAGGAGGAACGCGAACUCUCGGACAUGGAAGUGAACUUGCAUCGAACUAAAAGCCUUCUGGGUGAGAAAGUGAUCCAAUUAAGGCACUUGGAGCAAUCUCUGGACAGAGUGGUUAAUGCUAAAACCAACGAAAAUGACGCGACUACGACGAAAAACGAAGAACUGACGUUGAGCGAUAUGUCUAGCGUGAGCAGUGGUAUCAGUUCAACCGAUUUGGGAACGGACACGUUUAUAGACAAAUCGGAUCACUACCAGGAGUCGACGGAAAUCAUCGCAAGCCUGGAAAACCUAAACUCGGAAAUACGUGAGAUCUGGGGCGUGCUGAAUAAACGCCAGGAUACUAAUAUACCACCGCCGCCGACUUUGAUGUAUUCUUAUUUGCGAUGGCUACGUUUCCACCACCUUACAGCCGAAUCGAAAAAUAUAGAAGGAACAUUCGGUACACCGAAUAUUCAGUCAAACAUCUUGUCUCAGUUAACUGUAACGCAACCACCGACACCCAACACGCAAAACAUCAUCGCCCAAUAUGGUCCUAAUAGCGGUUUCACUACCAGCGUUUGUACCGUUGAGAAGAACUCUUCGAACCUGAUGGAGAGAACGUGGAAUCUACGGGAUUGGCUGCGACAAACUUGCGUCGAGAGCACAGACAGCCCAGGUCGAACGACACUCUAAAAAACAGCCCACAGUCCAUCGAAAAGUUUGGUUCCAAACGACAUACGCUAGGG